AUAACUAGAUAAGAGAAGAGUUGGGCGCAGUUGGGUUCAGAACUUCAGAUCAGUGAUUAGUACUAUAAGCCUGUUCUUUCAGUUCUUUAAGGAACACAAAAGCUCUGCUCUUUUUUUUUUCCCAAUUCUAAUGAGCGAGCAACCAAGUAUACAGGAGGUGCGACUUCUCCUACCAGACACUGGAACCUACCUAUGACGCAAUCGAUAUUGUUGUGGCCGGAAUCGUCGUCCUUAUGUUGAAAUGGGCCAAACUCUGACCUGCAAAGACGUACAAUACAUUUGUUCUGAAGUUCUGCAUGCCCGCCCAACUUCUGUGUGUGUUCAACAUCUAUAAAAGAGGACUGCUUCAGGUAGUGACGGAGGCCAGGCCACAGCUUUGAGAUCAGCUUAAAUUAGAGCUUGGGCUAGUCAUCGUUCCCGCUAUCUAGUUUCGGAAACGUUGCCGAGGAGAGUCUAGCUAGAUAGAGAGAUCAAUGGCGACACAAGGUGCAGCGGCAUCUCCCCUGUUCGGCUUCGACAUGGCGUUGCUUCUCGGAGUCUUUGUCUCCAUACUUGGAGGGGCGGCGUCCGUUGGUGUGUGCUACGGCACGAGCGGCGACAACCUGCCGCCCGCGAGCACCGUGGUGGGCAUGCUCCGCGACAACGGCUUCACCAUCGUGCGCCUCUACUGGCCGGACCCCGCCGCGCUCGGUGCCCUCGGCGGCAGCGGCAUCAGAGUCGUCGUCGGCGCGCCCAACGACGUCGUGCCCACCCUGGCCUCCAGCGAGUCCGCCGCGGUCGAGUGGGUCCGCCAGAACAUCGAGGCCCACCCGGGCGUCUCGUUCCGGUACCUCGUCGUGGGCAAUGAGGUCCCCAUCGGCGAGACGCAGUUCCUCGUCCCGGCCAUGGAGAACGUCCACGCCGCGCUCGCCGCGGCCGGCCUGGGCCACAUCAAGGUCACGACGGCCAUAUCGCAGGGCACCAUCGCCGUCCACAUCCCGCCGUCGGCCGGCGAGUUCACCGAAGAGGCGAGGUCGUUCAUGAGCUACGUGGUGCCCUUCUUGCAGAGGACUCGCGCCCCUCUCCUGGCCAACCUGUACCCCUACUUCCUCUACACCCUCAACCUCGGGUCCAUGGACAUGAGCUUCGCGCUGUUCACGGCGCAGGGGACCGUGGUGCAGGAUGGGGAGUACGGGUACCAGAACCUGUUCGACGCGACGGUGGACGCGUUGUACACAGCGGUGGAGAAGCUCGGGGGACCGCACGUGCGCAUCGUGGUGUCGGAGACCGGGUGGCCGUCGGCCGGCGGCCCCGCGGCGUCGUUGGAGAACGCGAGGACGUACAACCAGAACCUGGUGGACCACGUGUGCAAGGGCACGCCGCGGCGGCCGCGGAAGGUGGAGGCGUACGUGUUCGCCAUGUUCAACGAGAACCUCAAGGAGGCCGGCGUGGAGCAGAACUGGGGGCUCUUCUACCCAAGCACAGACAGGGUCUAUCCCAUCACCUUCGGCGCCUGACAAAUCGAUCCAUGACUUGAAGUUGCAUGCGUAUUGGCGUCUGUGCAUACCACACCUGUACAGAAAUUCGCUGCGCCCGCUGAGUGUUUGUUUGCUCGGGUCGGGGUCGACGUUGUGUACCACGAGACAGAUUAGUAGGUGUCAUGCAUGGCUGGCUAUAUACGCGCUCGUCUACAUCUUUUGAGUUCUUUCUAAGGGCAUAUAGAGUUGUAUACACAACGAUUGUUUACACGAUUCACUCAUGUCAUUUCUAAUAUAUUGUCUACAGCAUUGUCGGUAAA